ACCGGAGAGCGAUCCAUACCAUAACUUUUUUUUUCCCGUUAACAUAUAUACAUAAAAUGGCAAGCGAUUCAACGAGUAGACCUUCGUGAGUAAAAAAGAAGAAAGAGAAAGAUUGAAACGAGUGCAUUGGCGUGAUUAAUGACAACGUGUUGAAUGGUGGGGGAAAUCUAUAGAGCACCUAGUGGCUUUAGAACAUUUAAAUCGUCCGCGGAAUCGACUUUCAGCUCGGAAAAGAUCACUGCCAAAAAGGACAGUGAGCUUUGGCUUAUUCGCGUUCCAAACAACGUACCACUUGACAAAUUAAACGGUUUAGAAAUAAAGCUUCCUUCUGAGAAGGAUUCACGAAAACCGCUUGCAAAGUUGAACCACAAAAACGAAUACGCAUUAUAUCGAGUACCUCAAGAGGACGAUGGAAAGCAAGAUGAUGAUAACGAUAAUGACGAAGGCGACAAUGAUAUGGGCAUUAGUGGACAAGAAAUGGCUGGUUUCACUUGCUUAUUACCCGAAGGAGGCUAUCUUGCCUACGCACCCAAGGAAUUCUCACAAUACAUGAUUCUGGAUGAACAAGUAAACGUUCCUGACUCGAUAGAAAUUGCUAAAGAAAUCUCGAGCCGACCACCAGCAAAACGUGAUCAACCAGAAAAUAUGAAAAUGCGAUUUAAGCCAUAUGGAUUUGAUACAGUUGGCGUGCCAUCCAAUUCGACCGUCGGUGCUACAGCAGAAGUUGUUUCUAGUAGCAAUGCCGAAGCAACAAGCAAGUCCUCUACUGGAGAUAAGAAGCGAAAGCGAAAGGAUGGUGAAGAAAAAGAAAAGAAGAAGAAAUCAAAGAAGGAAAAGAAGUAAUAGAUGACCCAUCAAAAAUAAAACCACCUUUUUUUCUUUGUUAUUCUUACACGUAUCACCACUCUCCAUGCAUUAAUGACUGUAUUUUGCAUCAGCACUUACUCUUUCCUCUUUCUCACACCCUACAUAUACAAACAUAACCUCAUCAUCAAUCACCCGUUGUACCAUUACUAGUUGAAAUUAGAAAACUGAUAAUCUCAAUAAACUGACAGAGAAAAAUACUGCCACCCCCAAUUGUUUU